CGGAGUAGCGCCAUGUCUGAUCGAAUUAAAGAGAGAAAUACACAAGGGGUAAAGGUUUGGAAAAUGAGAAGAAAUCAAAACAAUACAUUAGAAGAAGACGAACACAACAAAGAGAAUGGUUCGAAAAUUCAACCGCCGUUAGCUGUGAUUAAAGUGGAGACGUCGUCUUUUGAUCACUUAGGGCAAGAGCCCCACAAAGACGAGAUCACGAUAGGGCAAGAGCCCCACAAAGACGAGAUCACGAUCGAAAAAAGCAAAUCAAGUUUCCGGUUAUCGGAAACUACCGCAAGUUUGUUAAAUGCAACUCGACAGAACGUUCGCAACAUGUCAGCUCGAGAGAACAAAGCAGCAAGAAUGCUUUUAUGUAUUAUGGUGGUGUUUAUUAUAACAUGGGCACCUUAUAAUAUUCUGGUUGUUAUUUCCACUGUAUGCGGGGAAGAUGGUUGCGUGAACGAUAUCUUGUGGAAGUUGAGUUACUGGCUCUGUUAUCUCAACUCCACCAUAAACCCAGCAUGCUAUGCAAUGUGUAGCCCCGAAUUCAGAAGGACAUUUCACCGAUUGCUACGUUGCCAAAGAUCAAAUGAUUUAUUUCGCACUAAAACCAGUUUGAAGCCUUUUGCAAGGGCAGCGGCAUUAUCUGUCGGUGAAAACCUAACAACUGUCCAAUAA